CGCAUUGUGGGGAGAGGGAGCGCGGGGUCACCCAGGGGUCACGAGCGUGGUGGUGGUGGCGGCGGCGAUGAUGAUGGAGGCACGCGUGGUGAUGCGUGUGCAUGGAUGGAGGCUGGUGUGCACAGGACCAGGUGCCAGGUGGGUACACAGCAGCAACCCUAAGGAGCAAUGGAAAACGAAGAUACAGGACUACUACAAUCGCUUCUCUGAUGUGGAAUUUCUGGUCAACUCCGUUUAUUUUUUGCGUCGUUGGCGUCUCCAAUCACAAAACAAAAAUUUUGAAUUUACGAAGAAAAGGCACGGAAAGAAUGUGGCAGCUGCACAUUUCAUCCUCUCCAGAGGAGGAGGUGUAAGAUUUGCAGGGCAAGAGGAAUGGUACAGGGCUAAGAAGGGAAAGUUCAGCUGGGACUUUUUGAAGCAUGUUGAUGUGAAUUUGGAAGAGGUGGAUGCCAGUGGACUUCCAAUCAACUACGAUGGAUUUGAUAACUUGGAGCAGAUGGAGCAGCUGAAGGCAUUGUAUUUGCGGAACUGCCCAAACGUGGAUGACUGGUGUCUCAACCGGUUGCAUAUGUUCCGUGAGAGCCUUGAGGAGCUGCACCUCACAGGCUGCCCACUGAUAACAGACCGUGGGCUCGCCUCACUCCACAACCUCACGAACCUGAAGUACCUGGAGUUGUCGCACCUGCCACUGGUAUCCCACAAGGGCCUCGUCAAGAUACUGGUGGAUGAGAUGCUGCCCAACACCACAGUCAUCAUGGAAGAUGCACCGAGUUUGAACGAGGAGACAUUACAUGAGCAAACUUGAAAAUACUUGGAAUAGCUUUCAAAUGGAGUGCUUGGCCAAUUUUAUAAUUGAUCUGUGAGCAAUUAUAUUUUGUGCCAGUGGAGUCAUUAAUAAUUAUUGCUAAAGGCUUGACUCAUCAUUGAAGUUGGUAGUAUACUGAAAAGUUCCUAAAUUAGUAACAAAUAAAAGUUUGAUACAAUGUAUUUUAGAGUCCAUUGAGUUUUUACCAAUUGCACAUGAGAAUACAAUUUGUUGAUUACAUAGCAUCCUGGUUACACCAGCCUACAGGGGAUUAUUCUGUCCAUCCGUCGUGCAUCCAAAAAUGGGAGGGGUGGGGCUGUGUGGAGAGGGGAGGGGCUGGGUGGGGUGGGGCUGGGUGGGGAGGGGCUGGUCACCCCGUGGUGCCCUUAUAAAACUCAACGUUUAACCUACCUCUCGCCGGCUUGUGCCCGCCCUCAGUCGGCCAUAUUUGCGGAAUACACCACGCCGCCGUUGACUCUGGCCCUUGACUGAGCAACCCAACGUUCCUACCAGCUCCCUCCGCAGGAAUGUGUUUUUAUAACAGCCCAAUCGUUCAGAUGAAAAUGGGAAUUCUUUCUAUGAAAAGGAUAAACUAUUACUCCGUCCCCGUCAAAAACGAUUGAUUUAAAAAUUCAAUCAACACAGCAAUGAAAUGAAGCAUUUUAAUCAAAUGUAGCAUAUGUAAUUGAUGGAAACUGAUUUCUAAUGUCAGUUCUAAGUCUUUAAAAACCUUAUAAAACAUGACUGUACAAUGUUGAUGCAAUGUUUGUCAAAAGUUGUAUAUUAACAAUAAAUCCAAACAGUUCAGGUGAU